AUGGACUGUUCUUGUGGAAGAAAAGGAGCAGUUGCUGCUUUGAUCAGUGCUGCGGCAGUGAUUUCUGUUUGCGUAACUCUCAUGGUGUCUCUAGCAGUCAGAAAACAAUCUCUAGAAGACCUGGCACCAAGACCGUCCUUUUAUUCAGGUGGAGACGUAUUAGAUUAUUUGCUUAAUCUGAGGAGAAUAGACAGAAAAGAUGGAUUGUUGGUCACAUGGUAUCAUGCUGCAAAUAAUAAGAGUUCCAUGGAAGAGGCCUUAGAAGCUGAUGUCAUGGCACUGGAAUCUGAUGUCACCCUUGAAGGAUACAAUACACCCAAUGAGACAGAGAAGCCCAUUAUGGCCCACCCUCCUGACGUGUACAGUGAUAAUACUCUUCAGGAUUGGCUGAAGGCAGUGCUCAGGUUAUCCAAUAAAGUGAUCAAGCUGGAUUUCAAAAACAUCAGGACAGUGGGCCCAUCUUUGGAUAUCUUAGUAAAAACAUCUUCUGAGUUGAUUAUUGACCGACCUGUGUGGUUAAAUGCAGAUAUUCUGAAAGGCCCAAAUGUUCCUUUUGAUAUUGCAGUUAAUGCAAGCCAAUUCCUGACUCUCGUUCAAAAGAAGUUUCCAAACUGCACUAUCUCCCCAGGAUGGACAACCCUCUAUUUACCUCUCUUUCCAAACAAGACUUAUACACAGAAUAUGGUUGAAGAAAUGCAUACCCUUGUGGGAAAACUGCCUCAGCAAAUCACUUUCCCAGUAAGAGCUGUCAUGGCAAAACCAGCCUGGACUCAUUUGAGUUGGCUUCUGAGUCAAUCCAAAAGGUAUAGUCUGACUUUGUGGCAAGGGAAGACUGAUCCAGUUAGAGUGGAAGAUCUCCUGUUUAUUCGAAACAACAGCAAACCUGAACAAAUCUAUUAUGACCUUUAUGAGCCUGUUUUGUCUCAGUUCAAAAAAAUAGCACUCUACCAACCAGAGCCAAGUGCAAAAUACGGAUGGAGAAGCUAAUGAAAAAUGUUGGGAAAAAGAAUGGAGCUAAUUAAUGUACUGCCA